AUGUUACUGAUUUCUCUUAUAUGUGCUGAAGUUAUCGAAAUGAAAUUGAUAACAGGCAGAAAGAGAUCUAAAGUAUGCUCUAGAUAUAACUCAGAUUUCUAUGCAAAGUGGGGUCAAAAGAACUUUGAUUAUUUCCCUUUUGGUUAUCCUCCGAAAGAUCAAUGUUCCAUCCCAAAAUACAACAAAACUGAAGAUGACAAAAAAGGUAUUAAAACUUAUAACUUCGUUCGCUGGAUUACCGGGCUUAAUGAUAAUAUUUUUAUCAAUGAUACGUUCCAUGAUACGCAAUGCGCUUGCGCAUUAUACUGCUAUUACAAUGGUCUUCAUCACGAACCAUCUGAAUCUACGAAAUGCUACUCCACAAACGCUUCAAUUGGAUGCGGUACUUCAAACUUAGCAGGUGGAUCUGCAUCUUCAGCAGCUGCGAUAUUAGGAUAUUAUUACGAUUAUGGUGAUCCAAAUCCUGGCCAUAGAUUAUGGCUUCUCAGUAGAUCAAUGAAGCAAACAUCUUUCUGUGGCGUUGGUGGUGCCAGUGCACUUAAAACAUUCGGAAUGGCAACAUUAGAUAAACCGCAUGAAAUUGAUUUUGUAGCUUCUCCUCCUCCAGGUCCAGUUCCACCAGAACUUAUUCCUGCAGAUAACGGUGUAAUGUGGACAUUCUGGGGUAGAAACAUGUCAACUACACUCCCUAAGGUUACAGUUAAACAAAACGGAACUGCCGUUCCAAUUGUUACAGCACCUUACUUUUGA